GCCAUGGCCUCGGACGUCCUUCACUUCAUCUCGAAGCAUCACUUAACAAACGUAUCCUUGCUCGGACAUUCCAUGGGUGGUAAAGUCGCUGCUGCUGUAGCACUGGCUCCCAACCUUGGAAUGUCGACGCUUUCUCACCUCAUUUCCGUGGACAUAACGCCUGCUAGAGGAAAUCUCUCCAACGAAUUUAAAUCGUACGUUGAGUCCAUGAAGAAGAUUGAGGCCAUGAAGGUGAAGACACGAAAGGAAGCCGUCGAUAUUUUGCAUGAAACAGAAAAAGACCCGAGCAUCAUAAUGUUCCUACUCACGAAUCUUGUAGUCCCUCCGCACACUUCACACGGGCAUGCACAUUUCCGGAUCCCGAUAAGCAUCUUUGGAAGUUCAAUUCAAGACAUUGGGUCGUUCCCUUAUGAAGGUGGGGAACGACAGUGGGACGGUAAGGCUCUGUUUAUCAAAGGCGAGAAGAGCGCCUACAUCAAUCGGCAUAAUAUUCCGAUCGCCAAAUCGUUCUUCCCCGACAUGGCGCUCGAGAUGUUGGACACUGGACAUUGGGUUCAUGCUGAGCGGCCGAUGGAAUUCAAAAAGCUCGUCACGGAUUUCAUAUCAUAGAAGAGACCCCGAGGUGCUCUAUGUAGAUCAUAUGUCCGAAAAUGACCUCGGUGGGUACGUAGACAUAGAAAUGCGAUUGGUGCGUUUGGUUUGAUGAAGCGAGAAGGAAACCCAUAAUGCGGCGGCGGAGUAUGUGCUAAUGUCUCUAUUUCGUCUGUGUUAGCAGCAAUGCCGCCUACUUUCGAGUGUUUCUCUG